AUGAAAAUAUUUUUAUUUAGUUUUUUUUUUGUCUUGUUUCAAUAUUGCUAUUCGAAAAGCCCCAGUGAUUAUGCACACAGCGUUGUAUCCAAAUUUGGCAGUGAAAACACGCUGAAGUGUCCGAAGGGCAACGUAUAUAUAUUACAAUGUCAAAUAAAAUGUGUGAAUUCAAAAAAUGAGAUAAUUUACAAAGAAUGUUUAAAUGAUAUAGAAAAAAAAUGUAAAGAUAAAAAGAGCUGUUCAUAUUAUUUUGAUUAUAUUUUUAAAACAAAAAAUAAUAAACUUCGAAAUAGUAAUAAUAUAUAUGUUGAUGAUUGUAUAGAUUCAGAUCAAAAUGAAAUAAAAAGUACAUUUACAUGUGUAUUAAAUCCAUCAUUAGAGUUUGAUAAUAAUAAUAAUGUAAUUUAUAAUUUUUUAUUAAAUAAUAAAAAUACUGAUAAAAUAGUUUGUAAAAAUAGUAAUAUAUAUAUAAAUAAUGCAACAAUACAUUAUACAAUUAAUGAUGCAAAAUUAAAAGAUGUUACAUCAUAUAUAAAAGAAAAAUGUAAUGAAAAAACAAAUUGUAUAAUAAAUCCUUAUACUAUUCAAGUUGAUAUAUUAAAUGAAAAAAAUAAUCUAUUUUUAUUAAAUUCAUAUAUAUCUAUAAGUUUUGCAUGUCUGAAAAAUAAUUCAGAAUCAUAUUUAGAAGGAGAAGAGAUUGAUGAAUUUGAUCAAAUCAAUGAUGAAGAAAGUGAAAAUAACAAUUAUAUAGAUUAUAAUGAUUCAGAUGAAAAAAAUGAAGAAAUAAUUUCCAUAAAAAAUGAAAUUAAUGAUAUAUUAAAUGAUGAAAAAAUUGAUAAUAUAGGAGAAAAAUUAAAAAUAGCUAAAUUUAGUAUAUCUAAAAAAAUAAUUGACGAAAUGAAAAAAAAAAAUGAUAUUUUUAAUAAUUUAGCAAAUGAAAUUUAUCAAUUUAUGGGAAAUGAAUAUUAUUCUGUAUCGGAUAUAAAAGACAUGAUUGAAGAUCGAUAUAAUGAAUUAAACAAAACUUCACAAAGUGAUCUAUAUUAUAUAUAUUUAUUAAAUGUAUUAGAUAUAGAAAAAAUAUAUGGUAUUUAUUUACCUUCUUAUCAGGAAAGAUUACAACAGAUUCUACAAAAAAAUAUGACAAAUUUACAUAAUAUAGAAAAAAAUAUUGGAUAUCUUCGAAAUAUUUAUAUAUCUCUUUAUAAAAAAUCAAAAAAAUAUAAUAUCCUUGAUCUUUUUGAUAAAGAUAAUGAUUAUAUGUUAAAUUAUGAUGAAUUUGCAAAAGACAAUGAAAUUAUUUCUGCUGAUAUAUUUAUUAAAUCGAAACCCGAUAUUCCACAAUUAAAUUUUGAAAUAAAUAAUGAUGAUAAUAAAAAUGUUAAAUAUAAAGAUAUUGAUGAUUUAGAUAAUCUUGACCAUUUAAAUAAAACUAGUAGAAUUAUAGAUAUUAGAAAUGUUUUAAUUAACCAAUUAAAAAUGUUAUAUAAUCAAAGAAAUAACAUUUUUAUAAAACAAGCUAUGCUUAUCAAAUCUUAUUGUUACAAAAAUGCAUUAAAUAUAUCAAAUUUUAGUUUGAUUUUUAAAAAUAAUUAUAAUAAACUAAAAUAUGAUACUUAUAAAGAAGGAAAUAAUUAUAUUAAUAUUGCUAAACAAAUACAUCCCAAUUUUGUUGUUAAAUAUUUGGAUAAUUUAUAUAAACAACAUGUCAAUAAAAAUUAUAUUCUUAAUUCAUGGGAUCCUAAAUAUAAUAGAAUGAAUAAAAAAAUUAAAAUUAUAUUAAUUCUUGGAUAUGACCAAAUUAUUCAAAUUGAAAAACAAAUAUCUCGACACAUUGACAAAUAUAAUGCACUAUUAGAAAAAGCUACACUUUACAAUUUGGACAAUUUAUUUAUUCAAACAACCAAAAUGUUAACUGACCUUUCAGAAGACGAACCCUCAUUAAAUGAUUCCACUUUUGAACCAAUUCAAAAUGACGAAUCAGAACCCAAUAUGCCGCAUGACCAAGGAGAGGCACCAGAUGCAGAGUCCCCCGAGUCAAACAAACUCCCCGACCAGGCCGAAAAAGUUGAAAAUGGCCAGGCUGAACAGGCUGAAAAUGAAAAUGUUGAAAAUGGCCAAGUGGAAAAGGCUGACGACUCUAACAAUGCGGACCAAAUCGUUACUGGUGCAGAUGACACAAAUUACGACACCCCCCCUAGCGACUCCCCUAGCGACUCUCCUAGCGACUCUCCUAACGACAAUAUUGACAACGUUGAUAGUGACAACGUUGAUAGUGACAACGUUGAUAGUGACAACGUUGAUAGUGACGUAGACGGGUCUAUUAAAAUUAUUAAAUAUAGCAAAGCGGAAGAAGAUGAAUAUAAUGAAGGUGAACAAAAUGAAGGUGAACAAAAUGAGGGUGAACAAAAUGAGGGUAAAAAACUUGAGCUUGAACAAAAUGGUGAUGAUGGAAAUAAAUCGAAUGCAAGUUUAGCAAGUUUAAGCAAUAUUUUUUUUACAAUUUUUAUAGUUGCUUUAUUUAUUUAG